AAUUUGACAAGACGCUAUUGUUUGACUUCCGUGUUGUUAUUCGUAUCACUGCUGACAUGUCUGACAAAUUUGCUGUGGUUCUUUGUUUAUUGGGAGGAUUUUGCUUCAUUUCAUGGAAACACUCAUUAAUUGGUGUUACAGAUGCGCUUAAGCUGGCCGGACGUGGGAUCAUAUUCCUGGGCAUCUGCACAUGGCUGAUUUACAUGUUACCGAGGCUGAAAUCUUUCUUCUUUCCAGUAUGUCAAGAGCUCCCAGACAGCCCACUGCAAGACUCCGACAGACUGGGACAAGAGGAAGCUAGAAGAAUUCAACAACAUCAACACAAUGACAAGAUGACUGAUUACUCUGAAAGAGUGUUAAAGCCGAGACAGAACUCGUUGCUCCAGCGGAAAACGGAGCGGCACCAUAGCAUGGCAGGAGAGGCCUGGAGACUGACCCAGGGGUUUCCAGUCGGGGGGGAGGAGGAUCAGCUGUGUCCUGAUGUGGCUGUAGACGAGAGCGCUAACCAGGGAGCGAGGAGGAGACGCACGCUGCUGCAGACUGUGACUCCAGAUCCUGCGCGGACACACACGACACACACGCUCAAGCAGAAGAAGGUCAUAGUUUUGCCGGACGAGCCGCCAGAGGACGCUGAGGGGGUUGUAAGAAUAGCUGUAAGAUGUCCCAGCAGAAGAACCAUCCACCGGCGGUUCCUCAAGACCUGGAGCUCGACGCUCCUCCUGGACUGGAUGAUGAAGUCCGGCUAUCCUCCCGCUCUCUACACGCUGUGCUCGUCCUUCCCGAGGGAACGCCUGCGCACGGCUGAGGGCCUGAGCCUGGAGGAGGCUGGGAUCCUCUCACACACACUGCUGCACGUGGAGGAGAGCGAGCCGGCGCUCCCCUGACAGCACUCGGCUGCUCGAACACUGUACGGGACUGGGUGAUGCG